CCUGUGUGUUGUCAACAGUAAUGCUAACCACCGCGAAGCCCAGGCGAAAUGAUUUCCAACAAGCCCACGUUAUUGCAGCUAAAGCUAAUACGUUUUCUGCUCGUUCUUACGCGAUGCCACUUAGUUAGUUAGCUGAUAAAAUAAAUAAGCUCCGCGUCGUCUCCUGUUUCAUCUCAGACCGGUCUUCAGAGUGAAGAGGAAAUGACCCAGCUGAGUGUCCGCCGCUGGACUCCUAAACAUGUUGCCAAGUGGCUGAAGGAAGAGGGCUUCUGUGACUAUGUGGAUCUGCUGUGCAACAAGCACCGGCUGGACGGCACCAGCCUGCUCGCCCUCAGCGAGUAUGACCUCCGCUCGCCACCCCUGGAGCUCAAGGUGCUGGGGGACAUCAAGCGACUGAUGGUGUCCAUCCGCAAACUUCAGAAACAGAACAUAGACGUAUUAGAGGAGCUGGGUCUUCCCUAUGAUGGUCAUUCUCCUACAGGCUCUGGAGGCAGCUUGGACUGGCUGUGUAAUGGAGACUCGGGCAGAGACUGUGACAGCACUGACACUGCACCGGUGGGAGAGGAGUACCACCAGUACACUAAUGGGAAGUACAAGCAGCAGAUGAGACGCCUUGAUCCUGAAUACUGGAAGACGGUGCUGAGCUCCGUUUACGUGGUGUUUGUGUUCGGAUUCACCUCCUUCGUCAUGGUCAUAGUGCAUGAGCGGGUGCCUGACAUGCGUACAUACCCUCCACUGCCAGAUAUUUUCCUAGACAGUGUGCCUAGAAUACCGUGGGCCUUUGCGAUGGCCGAGGCGUGCGGUGUAAUCCUCUGUAACAUCUGGCUGUUGGUCCUGCUGCUGCAUAGACACAGGUCCAUCCUGCUGCGGCGAUUGUGCAGCCUGAUGGGGACGGUGUUCAUGCUGCGCUGCAUCACCAUGUUUGUUACCUCCCUGUCUGUGCCAGGACAGCACCUGCAGUGCUCAGGAAAGAUAUACGGCGACAUGUGGGCCAAACUACAGCGAGCUGUGGCCAUCUGGAGCGGUUUUGGGAUGACCCUGACUGGAGUGCAUACGUGUGGCGACUACAUGUUCAGCGGCCACACCGUGGUCCUGACUAUGCUCAACUUCUUUGUCACCGAGUACACUCCACGGAGCUGGAACUUCAUUCACACUUUGUCCUGGGUCCUCAAUCUCUUCGGCAUCUUCUUCAUCCUGGCUGCACAUGAACACUACUCCAUUGACGUGUUCAUCGCCUUCUACAUCACGACCAGACUCUUCCUGUACUACCACACUCUAGCCAACACCAGGGCCUACCAGCAGAGCCGACGAGCUCGCAUCUGGUUCCCCAUGUUCUCCUUCUUCGAGUGCAACGUCAACGGGCCGGUCCCCAACGAGUACUGCUGGCCUUUCUCGAGACCUGCGGUGAUGAGGAGGCUGAUUGGAUAAUGAGCAGCAGCUGUCAGACACGUCUUCGGCUGUGCUGCUUCGUCCGCUUUGUCAAGUUGCCAACUGAUGCGGUGUGUCCUCAACAACAAAAGACGCCUGGUGUGAUUUUUGUCAGCACAGAGGUCUGAUGGGAUGCACAGAGCCAUACCCUCUUUUAUUUUGAGACUUACUUUCCAACCUGUCAACAUUUUUUAGGCAGAUUAAAAUGCCCCGUUGCUUCAUCUUGUGUUUGAUUUCGGAGGUGAACGCACACCUUUUGGUUGCUUGUUUUUCCUCUAAAGGGAUGUCAUUUUAUGUAGCAUGAAUUGCAUUUUUCGUUACCUCCCAGGUUAUAAAGUUACAUUUGUUAUCCAGUAUUUGGACAGCACACGGUAAAAGGAAGCAUCAUCAACAAAUCUCAGGCAGUGCUGCAGCUAAUCCUUCAUAGCCGCUCAACACUUUCUGUGCAGUUAAAAUACUUGAUUAUUUGGGAGUUAGGAUCUGGAUUAUUGACGGACAGUUUUGUCUUUUGUAAUUUAUCAGAACACUGCUGUGUGGACCACUGUUAAAGCAAUAUGUAUAGAUCUACAUUACACUGUACAGCAAAUAUAUUUUUCAUCAAUUUGAGAAUCAGUUGUAGUGAAAGUCUCCUGCAUUUCUUGAAGUCAUGCUUACAUUUUGACAAUAUUUCUUAAGACUGACAGUUAAAUUCAUGGCUCAUUGUGAGGUGUACAACAACAUAGUGCUUAUAUUGUUGUCAUAGUCUGCUUUUUCCUUAACAAAACUUGAAAGGACACCUUCAAGAAAAUGUCACUAUUGGCCAAAAAUGUGGAAUGAAGGACUUUUUUUCCAGCUGUCUUAAAUAUAAUUCCAUUUGCCAAUUACCUUGAGUGUUCUGAUGAUAGGUUUCUCUGUGUAGAAAUGUCCCAGAUCUUUCAUGUUUACUGUUGGCUAACUGUAUUAUACUUUUUUUUUUAAAGAAAAAAGGUCAUGCAGUGUAAAUUACCAGACCAAGUACCAUGAGCUGUUCCUGAUGUUAACCCUAUGACAUUCAUCUGUAGUAAACAGACCCUUAAAUUUGUGUGUAUUUGUUUAUAUUAAUUUAUUUCAUUUUAUAAAUGUCAAUAGGUAUUUUUAUAUUCCAUUUACAAAGGUACAGCAACAUGCACAUGGAGAAAUAUGUUUACAGUUGCUUUGAACUAUGUUUGAAACACAAUGUGCUAUUUAUGUGUAAAUUUGAUUUCAAGUUGUCCUCGACAUUUCAUUGAGUGAACCUUGCCAUUGUAGUAAAAGAUCAUUGAUUUGGUCAUUGCAGCAUGUUAGAGACAUGAGUAUUCUGAACAGAGUUGUCAGUCUAACACAUUCUUUCAUGGAGGAAGGAUGUCGAUGUGUUCUUAUGCUACUGCGAAGCCACAUUACUCGUUUCUUGUCUCGUCAGUCAUGUCCAUCAAUAAAGAGCUGAAAUGAGA